AUGGGUUUGACGUUUUCAGUAUAUUUACUACGUCCAAUAUAUCCCGACUGUGAACCACCAAAAAUAACUGUUCAACUUCUCGCGGCAUCUAUGAUAUUGAUCCUGACUGGAGUGAACUGUUGGUCGGUAAAAGUGACAACGGUAGUUCAAGACUGGUUCACCUAUGGAAAAGUGUUUGCACUAGUGGCCGUUAUAUUUACCGGUGGAUACCUUUUAAUAUUUGGUAAGGAGCAUGUAGUUUUGAAGUCAUUUGAGCGUUUCAAACUAAAGGGAGGGGCAUUUCUGAGUAGUGGCCCUCAGUACAGAGAUUCAUUCGACCACCUUUUCGAGGGCAAUUUCCGUCAUAUUUCCCAACCAGCCGUUGGAUUCUAUUCGGGACUUUUCUCCUUUCAAGGAUGGGCAUGGCUGAAUUUCAUCACCGAAGAGCUAAUUAAUCCAGAACGAAACCUGCCCCUUGCAAUUUUGAUCUCAAUGGGAAUAUGUACGGUGGUCUACACUCUAUUCAAUAUAGCUCUGUAUACCGUAAUUUCUCCCGACGAAAUGCUCAUCAGUCCUGCAGUGGCAGUGUUGUUCGCUCAGAAAGAAUUCGGAAGGCUCGCUUUCCUGAUGCCAAUUUUCGUCGCCAUUUCAACUUUUGGAUCGGUGAACGGCACGAUUAUGAACAGCUCAAGGCUAUUUUUCUGUGGUGCUCGUGAAGGUCAUAUGCCUGUGAUAUUGACGAUGAUCAACAAAAAACUUCGAACACCCAUACCGUCAGUGGUUUUCACUAGUUUCCUUUCUCUUAUGUAUUUGCUAAUAUCUGGACAUAUCUAUACGCUCAUUAAUGCAAGUCAAUGCACUGUUUGGCUCGCUAUUGCUGUUGUAGGAAUGGCAUUGCUUAAGUUCCGAUGGUCGAUGCCAAAUGCACGUAGACCUGUGAAGGUGCCUAUUAUCGUGCCAAUUGUGUUCACUAUUGGUUCUCUAGCUCUUGUCAUCCUAUCUGUAUACGGCGCACCCAGAGAUACAGUUUUUGGAUUGCUCAUACUUUUCUCAGCCGUGCCCAUUUACGUAGUAUUUAUUUGGUAUGGAAAGCUUCCAGAGUGUUUCACACAGUUCAUGUGUGAGUUUUCAGUUACUUUAAUAUUAGAAGAAGUUACUUACCAUUAG